AUGCGAGAAAUCCUGCACAUCCAGGGCGGCCAGUGCGGCAACCAGAUCGGAGCAAAGUUCUGGGAAGUCGUCUGCACCGAGCACGGGAUCGACUCCACCGGCCGCUACCAGGGCGACUCCGAUCUACAGCUCGAGCGAGUCAAUGUGUACUACAAUGAAGCCAGUUGCGGCCGCUUCGUUCCCCGAGCCGUUCUCAUGGACCUCGAGCCGGGAACCAUGGACAGCGUCCGGUCCGGUCCGUACGGCCAGAUCUUCCGGCCGGACAACUUCGUCUUCGGCCAGUCCGGCGCCGGGAACAACUGGGCGAAAGGUCACUACACUGAGGGAGCUGAGCUCAUCGACUCCGUGCUCGAUGUCGUGAGGAAGGAAGCUGAAAACUGCGACUGCCUCCAGGGAUUCCAAGUAUGCCAUUCUUUAGGAGGGGGCACAGGGUCUGGAAUGGGAACCCUUCUGAUAUCAAAGAUAAGGGAAGAAUACCCCGACCGAAUGAUGCUUACAUUCUCUGUCUUCCCAUCUCCAAAGGUGUCUGACACAGUGGUAGAGCCCUACAACGCAACACUUUCAGUACACCAGCUUGUCGAGAAUGCCGACGAGUGCAUGGUCCUCGACAACGAGGCUCUUUAUGAUAUCUGUUUCCGAACUCUCAAGCUGACAACUCCUAGUUUUGGAGACUUGAACCAUUUGAUAUCUGCAACCAUGAGCGGUGUCACAUGCUGCCUACGUUUCCCUGGUCAACUGAACUCCGAUCUCCGAAAGCUGGCGGUCAACCUAAUCCCAUUCCCACGUCUCCACUUCUUCAUGGUGGGCUUUGCUCCACUCACCUCCCGUGGCUCACAGCAGUACCGCGCACUCACCGUACCGGAACUCACCCAGCAAAUGUGGGACGCCAAAAACAUGAUGUGUGCUGCUGACCCCCGCCACGGUCGCUACCUCACCGCCUCAGCCGUUUUCCGAGGCAAGAUGAGCACAAAGGAAGUGGAUGAGCAAAUGAUCAAUGUCCAGAACAAGAACUCGUCCUACUUUGUCGAGUGGAUCCCGAACAAUGUGAAAUCCACAGUUUGCGACAUUCCGCCCACUGGUCUGAAAAUGGCUUCCACUUUUGUCGGCAAUUCGACUUCCAUUCAAGAAAUGUUUAGGAGGGUGAGCGAGCAGUUCACUGCUAUGUUUCGAAGGAAGGCUUUUCUGCAUUGGUACACUGGUGAAGGCAUGGAUGAAAUGGAGUUUACCGAAGCUGAGAGCAAUAUGAAUGACUUAGUUGCAUAGUACCAUCAUUAUCAAGAUGCCACUGCAGAUGAGGAGUAUGAGGAAGAAGAUGAGUACCAAGAAGAGGAGGCUUGAGCCAGUACUGGAUUGAGUGUUCGUCUUUUUUUGGCAGCUGUAUAACCUCUAUAUGGGCCUGAUUGUGGUGUAUGUUUGGAUAUUUUGAUGUUUUCUGCGUUUAUCAAACUUCUUUUAACUGUUGUGAAUUUACUCGUCGUUAAUUAGGAUUUGCUGAACUAUUUUGUUUACUAUCUUUUAUCGGAUACAGUCUAUUAGUUGUGUGUAGCAUUUUGUUAGUUCUUGAUUUUCCUUAAACUUGGCUUCUAUUA